AUGGCCCUUUCCAAACUCGCUGGUGAGUUGUAUCAAUUAUACGACCAUGACAAAUACUCUGAGUGCCAGCGCCUCCUUCCUCCACUCAAAAUGGAAUUGAUCAAGCACAACUUGCUUGUUCCGGUGCCCUCCAAUUCGCAAACGAAGGACCAGCUCAACGAUUUGAAGAUCUCUGAGAGAAUUCUUGAAAUUGGCGCUUUGCUGUCUUUGUUGACUCACGACUACGCUGGCUUUGAGAACUUCUUCGCCUCCUUGCGUCCUUUCUACACAUCUUCCAAGUUGCACGGCAAAUUAGAAACCAACACCGACGCAACCAAGAUUAUUGCAUUGUACUUGUUAUACUUGCUUUCUCAGGGCCUUAUAAGCAAGUUCCACGUGGAGUUAGAAACCAUUUACAACAGCCCCUCAUACAAUGUCGAGAAGGACAAAUACUUGAACUACCCAAUCGACUUAGAAAGAAACUUGAUGGAAGGUAACUAUAUCAAGAUCUGGAAGUUGCUCCAGAACGAGUCUUCAUUGCCUUCAAAGGAGUUUCACCUAUUUACGCAAACCUUGAUCAACACGUUGAGAUUUGAGAUUGCUAAGUCGAUCGAGAAGACCAACGACUCCAUUCCCGUCUCAAACUGCAGAACUUUGUUGUACUUCCCACAAGAGCAGUCCGACAAGGCGUUUGAGGAAGCUUUGAAGCAGGAUCUCGAGGUUGAAGACUGGGAGUUCAAGAACGGUUAA